UAUAUCCUCUGGUAUUGUUUCAAGGGAGGAUUCAUCUCACGAUCGUCGUCAUGUUGCUCACGUUAGCCCUGAUUGCACUCAUCGCCAACAGCCAAGCGGCCAAAUUCCCAAAGAAUUGGGUCGCUUGCAAGAAAGGUGAUCCCGACAUGAACCAAUGUCUUGUCGGUGCGAUACAGAACGCUUUGAGCGAUUUGAUGACCGGAAAUCGAAAGCUCGGAAUCCUGCCCGUAGAUCCGUUGCACUUUACCCAUUUGACCAUAGAUCAGGGAUCAGGGCCUGUCAGCAUCACGCUGGACUUCUUCGAUCUGGACGUCAUCGGGUUGAAAAACGUCAAGAUUGAAAGAGUACAAAACGAUUGGAAAGAUAUGAUUAUCGAAUUGUCCGUACCGAAGUUGACAUUGGAAGGGAAAUAUAAGGUCAACGGGAAAGUCAUGGUGCUUCCUAUUAACGGUGAUGGCCCUUGCAUUCUCGAAUUAGAUAAUUUUAAGGCGAAGGCUUAUCUGAAAUAUACCAUCAAGAACGAUGGAAACAAAAGUUUUUAUAACCUCGACUCGUUCAAGUUCAACUUCGAUGUCGACCUGAUGAAAAUGAAGUAUGACAACCUAUUCAACGGAGACAAAGCACUGGGUGACAACAUGAACCUUUUCCUCAACGAAAACUGGAGGGAGAUCCUCCACGAGCUUAAGUCGGCCAUCUCUCGCGCUUUCAGCGCCGCCUUCAAACAAAUCGGCAACAGGAUAUUCUCGAAAAUCGACGCCGGUCAAAUUUCCCCACCAUGUCUGAAGCUUCAGCUUUUGUGGCAGAAGGGAAGGAAAGGUAAUGUUGAAAGUCAUCUGCAAAAAGGUGAAGGAAGCAUUAUUUUAAAGAUUUUGAUAUCAUUCAUUCUCGCAAAGAGUGAACUUGAAGGCACCUUCAACAUCAAAGAAUCGUUUUUCCAAGAAAGACGCCGAUUUUUUCCACCAAGGCAGCUCAUAUUAAAUAGAAGUUUAUUCUUUUUCUCUCAACUACCGUACAGGAUGUUAUGGCCGAUUUUCCUGUCGAUUCUCCUCGUCGUCGAAGCGAAAUUACCGAGAGAAUGGAAAGUUUGUCAAAACAGCGAUCCCGUUUAUAACGAAUGCUUGCGGAAAGCAAUCAACGAUGCCUUCGGAAGACUGAUAAACGGACAUAAAGGGUUAGGCGUGACGUCCAUGGAUCCGCUCAGAUUCGAACAUAUUUACAUCGAUCAGGGUUCUGGUCCUGUUAGCAUUAAGCUGGAAUUCUUCGAUACAGACGUCAAAAACUUAAAGAGCAUGCAUACAGUCCAUCUCGUCAAUGAUUGGAAAAUAAUGAAGUCCAAUUUGACAGUCAGAGAUCCGGUUAUCAUAGAGGGCAAAUACAGGAUAAACGGCAAAGUCCUGGUUCUUCCUAUAAUCGGGGAAGGGCAUUUUAAGCUUUCACUUGACAAUGUCAAAGCUAACACGUUCAUCUCGUACGUUAUGAAGAACAUAAAGGGCAAGGUUUAUUUUCAGAUCGAGAAGCUCAAAUACCACUUUGAUACUGACAAGCUAAAGCUCAGGUUCGAUAAUCUUUUCAACGGCGACAGGACCUUAGGGGACAACAUGAACAACUUUCUAAACGAACAUUGGCGUGAGAUACUCAACGAGCUCAAACCUUCCGUCAGUGUUGCCUUCGGUGAAGCCUUCAAGCAGAUCGGCAACAGGAUACUUUCCAAAAUUGAGGCCAAAGAGAUUUAUUUGCCUUAAAUACUAAGAAAAUAGCAGAUUUUAUUUGAUUUUUAUAAAACAAAAGGAAAUAUAAUUUUAUAUUUUCAUUUUUCAUUAUUAACAGCUUUUCCAGAUAUUCAUUC